AUGUCUACAAUUAGUAAAUAUGAAUUAUUAAAACAUGAAGGUACAUGGUUCGAUCGUAUUAAAUAUAUUUUAUCAUUAUCGGAUAAAAAUGAAAUAGAAAAAUAUUUAAAACAAUCAACAUCUUAUGAAGAUUUACAAAUAUUAAUAUUUUUAUCAAAAUUAACAAAAAAUGAAAAGAAUUUAUUAGAAAUAUUUCAAACAGAUUCAUUACCAGUUCGACGACGAAUUAUUGCUGGAAAAGCUUGGCUUAAAAUACAAAAUGAUGAAAAUCAAAUACAUAAAUUUAUUGUUGAAACAAUCAAUGAUAAAAAUAUUUCUCGUUUAACUAAACAACAUUUAUUAAAAAUUCUUUGUAAAAUUGAUUGUUUAAAAAAAUCUUCAACAUUUUUUUAUAAUGUUGCAUGUUAUUUAACUGGAUUUUAUCGUUAUGAUCAGUAUAAUCUUGAUCAAUAUUUAUUACCAUUUUGUUCUCAAGAUCAAAUAUUAGAGCUUUUAUCACGAUGGUCAAUUGAUCUUAUAAAACAAACGAGUGAUUCACCAUUCUUAUUAUAUCGUUCAAAAUUAAUGUCGUAUCACCCUCAGAUUUUCCUUCAUUUAAUACAACGUGAUUUUACUAAAAAUAAGAUGACUAGCGAAAAAUUUUCCAAGUAUUAUUCUGAAAACACAACAUUAUUUACAAUACUUACAGAAAAAGAUCCCAAAGCAGUAUGUCGUUUAACAAUUGAAUGUAUUAAUCAAUUAGAAAUACAUGAAAGAUUCUUACCAUAUUUUAUUGUAUCAAAACAAAAAUAUUUUUUCAAGAAAGCACCAGAUGAAAUGAUUGAAUUAAUUACAAUUGUAGCAUCAACUCAACCAGGUACUAUUAAAUAUCAAUUAUCUUGGUGUAGUGACAAACCUGAUUUGGACAAAUUUUUAUUUCCUCGUUCAUUUUCUCUUGAACAUUAUAUUCGUCUAUUUGAUGCUUUAUAUAAUACAUGUAAAUGGUCAUCAAAUCAUACAAUUCGUUUAUUUCAAUAUAUGUUACAAGAUAGUAAUCAACAUGUGGGUCUUCAUAGUAAUCGAAAACGUCGUAAAUGGUUAUUGAAUAUUGUUAUUCAUGAACGUAUUGGAAAAGAAUUAUUUAUAGAAAAAUUACUAAAUGAAGGAGAUGAAACAACUCUAGAAUUAUUCGCAGAAUAUGCUGAAAUAACAACACCACUUUCUCUUCAUUUAAUUUCUCGAUAUGAAAUAGAUCAAAAUGUUAAAACAAAAAAACGUUUAUCAUUAAUUCGUUAUCAAUUAAUGACAAAGGAUAUUUUUGAUCAAUUCAUAAUUUUAUUCAAUCAAACUAGUUCAAUUGCACAACAACGUGAACAAAAUUAUCUUCUUUUUCUUCAAUGUGCUUUUUCAAGCAAUGACGAACAAAUUAAACAUGUUCUUGAAUGGAUUGAAAAAAAAUUUACUAAUGAACAAAUAAAUAUUAUACAUACUUUCUUAUCUAGUUUAUCACAAUAUAAUAAUAAAUUUCAAUUAGAAAUUUUACCAAAGAAUUUUGAAGUACUUGAAGCGAUUAUUGAUCAUGCUCUUAAUCAUCUUCAAAAAUCAAGUACAACUCUACAAACUAUUACUAGUUAUGGAUUAUUAUUACUUCAACGUGCAGAACACCAUCCAAUUAAAGAACAAAGAGAACACAUUCAAGAAUUUGCUUGUAAAAUUAUUAAACGAUGCUUUGCAAUCGAUGAUAAAAUUACAUUUUAUGUUGAACCAUUAUCUGAAUCAUAUCCAAUAGCACGUAAUCUUAUAGCAAAUAUUCUUAUCUCUGAUAUGUUUUCAAAAUUACUUUCAAAAUGUAUGUUAGAUGAAUUAAUUUGUUCAAUAAAUCAGUAUUUAAAGAAACCAUGGCGUAUAGUACAAAUUGAUACAUUUAUUAAUUCAUUCUUUAUGGAUUAUCUUCCUUCAUCAAUAAAACUUCAAUCUAUAUUUAAAAUUGAUAAACAUUCUUCUCUUAUUUCAUUAUAUUUAAAACAACGCUUAACUCAAUUUGAACGUGUUAAUCAGUUAAUUAAUAAAAUCGAUAAGAUAUUUUUUUUUCAUGAAACUGUUCAACAAAUUGCUUUUCGUUCUCAACAAUAUCGAUCCUUAAUAGAUAAAUUAAUCGAAGAUAAUAAAUGUAUUACAUUAGAAAAAUUCUCCAAUGAAGAAACUCAAUAUGCAAUAAAUUUAGAAACUAAAACAAAGAAUAUGAAAUUACCAGGAUUAUAUGUGGAUAUUUUAAGUUAA